UGUGUCUCCGUGUGUGCAUGCAGUGAAAUGGCUGAAGCCACGUUUUCUCAGGAUAAAUUCAGCUGUCCAGUGUGUCUGGAUUUGCUGAAGGAUCCAGUGACUAUUCCCUGUGGACACAGUUACUGUAAGAGCUGCAUUACAAACUGCUGGGAUCAAGAGGAUCAGAAGAGAGUCUACAGCUGCCCUCAGUGCCGACAGACCUUCAGUCCAAGACCUGCUUUAAAUAAAAGCACCAUGCUGGCUGAAGUGGUGGAGCAACUGAAGAAGACUGAACUCCAAACUGCUGUUCCUGCAGGACCUGGAGAUGUGGAGUGCGACAUUUGUACUGGAAGAAAACACAAAGCCAUCAAGUCCUGUCUGGUGUGUCUGAACUCUUUCUGUCAAAAUCACCUUCAACAACAUGAGAAUCUCUUCAAAGGAAAGAGACACAAUCUAAUGGAUGCCACUGGACAACUUCAGGAGAUGAUCUGCUGUAAACAUGAGAAACUACUGGAAAUUUACUGCCGUACUGACCAGAGUUGUAUAUGUGUGCUCUGUAUGGUGGAUGAACACAAAAAUCAUGAGACUGUAUCAACUGCAGCAGAGAGAACAGAGAAGCAGAGACAAUUAGAUGAGACACGGAGAGAAUUCCAGCAGCAAAUCCAGGAGCGAGAGAAGAAGCUUCAGGAGCUGAAAGAGGCUGUGGAGACUCACAAGCGCUCUGCACAGACAGCAGUGGAGAGCAGUGAAAGGAUCUUUACUGAACUCAUCAGCUCCAUUGAGAGAAGACGCUCUGAGGUCACACAGAUGAUCAGAGUUCGAGAAAAGACUGCCGUGAGUCGAGCUGAAGGACUCAUGGAGCGACUGGAGCAGGAGAUUGAUGAUCUGAGGAAGAGAAACGCUGAGCUGGAGCAGCUUUCAGACACACGUGAUCACAUCCAUUUCCUUCAGAGUUUUCCAUCUCUCUCUGGCCCUCCUGGAUCUCCAGAUGUUCCCAGCAUAACUUUCAGUUCCUAUGAUGAUGUAGGACAAUCAGUCUCUCAGCUGAGACAAAAACUGGAGGAUUUUUGCAGACAGGAGAUUGAAAAGAUAUCUGGUAAAGCAGAGAGGCCUGAGACAGAAAAUGCAGGAUUUGAUUUGAAACAGAAAAUGAAGGAUUUCCACAGAGCACAGACAAAUCAAAGAGCAGGGGAGAGAGAGAUCCGGCAAUCAAGGCUUCUAAUGAGACUGAAAGAGUUGGAGGUCACCAGAGAACAGCUUAGAGUACUGAGUCUGCAACAAGAAGAUUUUAAGAGAAAAAAUAUGUCAGAGUGAGAUGCACUCAAAUCACCCCAGAAUAUGACAGCAGGAAAGAGUGUUGGGCUGAAAGGAAAACAAAUACAGGCACCAUAUGCAUUUUUACAUAUAUGUCUCAUUAGCACCAAAUUUUACUUUUGAAAAAAGUGCAAAAUGCAUGUGGUUUGAAAGCCAGAUCAGCUUACAUUUACUCUAACUUUUUUUUUUUAAUCCAAGUCUUACUUCAGUUGUCACAUAUGGGUGCUAUACUAACUGCAUGAAGACUAGGAAUUCACAGAAACAGGCUUUAAUAUGAUAAUCCACAGAAUACAGGUUUGAAUAAGAGGGGUCACAUCCACAAAGUACAUACGACACCAGACCAAGAACAGAACCAAACGGAGAAUAAAUACACAGGAACCAAUGAGAUAAUUAACAGGACAGGUGAAUGGAAACAAUAAUCAGACACACUGAAAAAAAUGAGUGACAAGCACAGGGAGAACAGAACCAAAACACAUUGAACAAAACAUACCCCUGUCAUGACAUCAGUGUGUACACAGCCAUUUCUGGUAAAUAUGAAAAUAGCUUGUUGUAUUUUAUAUUGCUUUAUAGUAAAACUGGCCACGCCUACUACUUUUAUUUUGACUUGGUGUGGGCAUGCUGAAUUUAACAUCCAUGUUUUGAUAAUUAUUAAUAAUGGGAUAAUGUGAACAGGCGAAGAUGAUUUUGGGAAAAAUAUCCAGUGUUGCAGAUUUUUUAGAGGGAAAUGAAAUCAUAGAUAUACAUUUUGUUUUUGGACUGAGACAAGCUUUCCAAUGGCAUAAAGACUUGAGUCUCUGAUAUCCAUUACAGGAGUAAUGCCAAACGUGAUUUUUUUGUUUGUUUGUUUACUCAAGG